CAUUACGCGGAGUGCACGUCCUCGAGCAGCGCCAUCUCAUGAACGGCAGCGGAACUAGCAGUAUCAUGGCGACCACGGUGCGGGAAUUUUACAAAGGAAAGUCCAUUCUUGUGACCGGAGCAACAGGCUUUGUUGGAAAGGUUCUCCUGGUGAAACUGCUUCGAGAAUGUUCUGACCUGAAUGUGAUCUACGUUCUGAUGAGGCAAAAGAAGGGAGUUCCGCCAGAGGAAAGACUCAAGGAGCUCUGCAACAACAAGGCGUUCGAAUCAUUGAUGAAGAAAGAUCCGUCGGUAUUCAGUAAGCUCCGGCUGGUUUCUGGAGAUAUCCUAGAGGAAGACCUGGGGCUGUCCAAUGAUGACAGGCAAGAGUUACAGAAGAACUGUCAAAUCAUUUUCCACGGCGCGGCGUGUGUGAGAUUUGACCAGAAGCUGAAAGACGAGAUCAACAUGAACACGACGGGGACACUACGACUGCUAACCCUAGCUGAAACUAUGGAGAAUCUACUGGCGUUCGUGCACCUCUCCACCGCGUACUGCCGCUGCCACCUGCAGGAGCUGGAUGAGCAGCUUUACCCAGCCGUCCACAAGCCGCGCAAGAUCAUCGACAUCUGCCAGUGGAUGGAUGACGCCACGCUGGCACACCUUGAGCCCAAGCUCAUCGAGUCAGAACCAAAUACGUACUCUUACACGAAGGCCAUCACGGAAGACCUAGUGGCUGAGUACAGCUCUAAGUUUCCCAUCGCCAUCGGAAGACCAUCAAUAGUAACGUGUGCAUGGAAGGAGCCAAUACCUGGAUGGGUGGACAACAUGAACGGACCUACCGGCCUACUCAUUGCCAGCGGUAAAGGUGUGAUUCGUUCGAUGCACUGCGAGCCGUCGUACACCGCGGACGCGAUACCUGUCGACGUAGUCGCUAACGGCUGUAUACUCAUUGCGUACGCGACCGCACUCGAUAAGUCAAAGGAUCCCCAAGUCUACAAUAUAACACUGUCGGGAGUCCAGAAGGUCACGUGGUACGAAAUAAUUGAAACUGGCAGGAAGCUGGUGAAUACGUACCCCUACCUGGUUGCGUUAUGGUACCCUGGCGGCACCAUCAAGUCCUACUGGUUCACGCACGCCAUUUGUGUCCUGCUGUUCCACAUCUUGCCAGCCUAUUUCUGUGAUGCCUUACUCUUUCUGCUUGGAAAGAAGACUUUUAUGGUGAAAGUGCAAAAGAGGAUAAGCCACGGUCUCGGCGUCAUCCAGUACUACACGACCAAAGAGUGGCACUUCCGGAACACAAACUUUUUGGCGCUGCAGCAGAGAGUCAGCAAGGAGGAGCGAGAGCUGUUCUACAUCGAUGUCAGCAACCUAAACCGACAGGAUUACCUGCGGGACUACGUCAUCGGGACAAGGGAGUUCGUUUGCAAGGAGGGCCCUGAGACCCUUCCCAGAGCGAGAAGGCUUCAUAUGAUCCGCUACAUCGUGGAUCGUGUCGUGAAGAUCCUCUUCUUCUCUCUCCUGGUGUGGAUGGUCUACUCUAACUUCUCUUCUCUCACGUCACUCGUUACGUCUGUGGACAACUCUCUCCGCUCGUGGUUGUAUCCAGCUGUCUCAAAUUAAAAUAGUUUGCUCUUUAAGUAAUUGGUAAUAUUAAUCACAUUUAAAAAGGUAUUUAAAAUAUGAAAAAAGUAUGAGGGAAUGAUUUUAGCAAUUUUAUGAAACUUUAUGAGGGUAUAUACGAUGUUAUAAUCUACCGUUAAGAGUCUCAUUAAGAUCCACAUGAUAAGGAAAAUAUGAAAAAUGGCAUAAGGUGUAAUUAAGUUUAAAGUCUGCAUGCAGAGUUAUAUAUUAUGGAAUUCACAUAAUAUAUGCAAUAAAUAUAGCUACAUACUUGUUAUUUGCUGACGCAAAACAUUAACGAAAUCAAUGCAUUAAUUAACUUGAAUCCUUGAAGAUUGAAAAGCGACGUUGUCACGCAUUGUAAAUAUAUAUUUAUUUGACUGAAAUUCACCCGCGUGCAUCGUUGCCGCUCUGCCUUGAUCCUUGUAAGAGCGGCAACGAUGCGGUGGUUAAAUAAAUACAUAUUAUAAAUUUACGACCUUUGACUAAAUGCAUAUUUUUUCUAUACUUUUGUGGACUAAUAUUU